AUGAGGACUGUGCCAGUCUCCAGCCGGGGCAACCCGCCCAGCACGACUUCCAGCCGGGGCGACCCGCCCAGCACAACUUCCAGCCGGGGCGACCCGCCCAGCACAACUUCCAGCCGAGGCGACCCGCCCAGCACAACUUCCAGCCGGGGCGACCCGCCCAGCACGACUUCCAGCCGGGGCGACCCGCCCAGCACGACUUCCAGCCGAGGCGACCCGCCCAGCACAACUUCCAGCCGGGGCGACCCGCCCAGCACGACUUCCAGCCGGGGCGACCCGCCCAGCACGACUUCCAGCCGGGGCGACCCGCCCAGCACGACUUCCAGCCGAGGCGACCCGCCCAGCACAACUUCCAGCCGGGGCGACCCGCCCAGCACGACUUCCAGCCGGGGCGACCCGCCCAGCACGACUUCCAGCCGGGGCGACCCGCCUAGCACAACUUCCAGCCGGGGCGACCCGCCCAGCACACGUCCAGCCGGGGCGACCCGCCCAGCACACGUCCAGCCGAGGAGGUUGGAAGUAACAUCAGGUAGUGAUGAAGGGAAGGUGGGGAAUGUGGUGAAGGGCGGAAAAUGUGUAAAUAGAUAA